AUGAAUCUUCAAACGCGACUCGGUUAUUGCUCAGCUACUACCUCCGAUACCGCGUACAGAUCAAAGAUUCGAUCUUACGUUUUGUGUGGAAUCAAUAUCACGGCCUUGUUUCUCGCAGGACUGGUGUUCCUCGCUAAUAAAGCUGCUCUCAAAAGGAAAUAUUCUAAUCUGCAAUCGUCUUACCAACUUCAAGAAAACAUCGACGUAAUCUACGUCAUCAUACCUUUGUCAAUAGUCCAAUCAUUUUGUCAUCUGUUGCUUUCUGCUGCUGGUGCUAUUCUAUUUGCGUACGAAGGCAUUGUCUCAGCAAUCACUUAUCGGAUUCUAUUGACUGCUACCUACAUCAUACCAUACUACACUCUAAUUGCACCAGUACUUUUGCUUUUGUUAUUGAAGUGGUCGUCUAAAAAAAGGACGACUAAGCUUAUUGCUGUUACGAAUCUACCUGACGAGAAUAGUACUUACUUUGCUACAUACUCAAAGAUGUGGGAUGUCACAGUUGAUAAAUAUAAAUUCUGA